AUGGGAAAUAAAUUAUGUCAAUUAAUUGAAAACAAAAAUCAAAUUAAAAGAAUUAAUUUAAAUAAUUUAAAAAUGGUCCCUAUACUCUCAGCAGAAUUAUAUUAUGGAAUUUUUUGUAUAUUAAUUUCUAUAUGCUCAGCUUUACAAGGAAAUAGAUUUAUGGGGUUAUUAGCUGUAAUUGUUUUUACUUUUCAAGCAUUAGCUUUUGCCUCUACAAAUGGGUUGCAACAAGCAAGUCAAGCAAUUGCUUAUACAGGUGGAUAUUUACUUGUUCAAAAUGGAUUGGUACAGGCUUUGAAUGUUUUUAAAAUAAUUCAAACAAUGUAUUUGGGUAGCUCUGGAUUAACUUCACUUUUGUUUCUUUCAGAGGAUUUUACUAAAACUACAAAAGAGUUGAGAUUAAUCAAAUUAAAAAAUACUAAAAUUGCUCCAAACGAAAAUAAUAUUGAUGAAUUGGCAUAA